CUCUUUUGCUAAUGAAUUUCCUUCGUUGGUAUCUAAAAUUGCAAAACCUCAGCAAAUCAUAGUAUCUUUGAUAAAAAGACUGCUAGAACAAAAUACUUUUCUAGUUGUCGGAUGUGAAGAAAUGCCAAAUAUUUCUAGCCGUGAUAAUCCUUCUUUGUUUCAUACCAGUUUUUCCAAAGAAGAUGACUUGUUUACUGAAAAUAGAGAUUUCACCGAAUUAUUUAAGAAACAACCUCAUUUAUGA